AUGAGCCUCGAGCAUAUGAUCAAGGUUUUGGUGCUCCAUCCUCACUAUGGAAAGCCUGAAAGUCCCAUCGAAUGCGUCGCAACUUCAGUUCUACUCUCCGAGAGCCCAGUGUACGAGGCGCUGUCUUAUGUCUGGGGUACUCAGAAGACGCUGAUGAAUGUCUUUGUUUCUGGCGCUCUCGUCGCCGUGACCCAGAAUCUCGAAACAGCUCUUCGCAAGCUCCGCCUGCCCAACCGCGAUCGAUGCCUCUGGAUCGACCAACUCUGCAUUGACCAAGAUGAUCCAAAAGAGAAGGCUAUCCAGGUGCGACUCAUGAGGACCAUUUACUCAAAGUGCACUCGAUGCAUAGUCUGGCUUGGUGAGAUACCACAACCACUCAGCCAUGAAGACGCCGACGCCGCCAUAGACAUCAUCCGCUACAUGGCUGCCGUCUACGAAGCCGGUACUGAAGAAGGCGUACACUACCCUCCCACACUGCUGGGCAAACCCCGCUUCAACGAAGCUGUCCAGUUCUUGAGAUUCUUUACGCGGCAGGAUAAUGCCUGGUGGACAAGAGUAUGGACCCUUCAAGAAGUGGCACUGCCCCCUUCCGUUGAUAUGCUUUGGGGCUCCAUCUAUGUGUCCUGGGACGUCAUCCUCCAGGCCAAGAACCUUGCCGUGACGAAAGGCCUGGCUGCAGCGUUUCCGCCCGUCGACGACAUGCUGCCGCUUCACUACUUUGUCACGAACGUGGCGUGGGUCGACGACGCGCGUCAGAGGUUGGAUAGUCCUUUCAACUCGGUUCACAAGUGGCGGUGGAGAGGCGCGACAGACAAGCGCGACAAGAUUUACGGGCUGCUGGGCCUGGUCGAUCCUGGCGUACUGCCCAUUACGGAAGCGUGCGACUAUGAGGUGCCUGCUUCGGAGGUCUUUGCCGUUGCGACCCUUGAACUCAUUGUAGCUGAACAGAGCCUUCUCCCCAUGGUUACGUGUUCGCGUGUCGAGGAGGAGAAUGCGACGCCCGACAUUCCUCGAUGGGCGUUGGACUUGGGGAAUGCGCCUAUGUACAACACCAACUGGGGUCCCGUACACUGCUUCCCUAUCUACAACGCUUGCGGCGGGGCGAAGGUCAACAUUGAUGAGAUCAAGUCAUUGGCAGCCCGCCCGGUCCAGGGUACUGGAAAUCGGUGGAUGGUAUAUCGAUACAAUUGA